AUGAGUUUGGAGGCCACUUGUCUCUUCAGUGUGUCACGUAUGCACAUGCAGCAAAGACCGACCGCCUCAGCAUCCUCACUUCUCCAACUGGAGGGCACGGGAGCGUCAACACACUUCUUCAUCAUGAAGUACUUCUUCCUAUUGCUCUUCUCACUGCUGUUGGUAUCUCGCGGAUCUUCGGCCGUCAUCACAGGGGCCUGUGAGAAGGACUCUCAGUGCGGAGGAGGAAUGUGUUGCGCGGUGAGUUUGUGGAUCCGCAGCCUCCGUAUGUGUACGCCCAUGGGACAGGAAGGAGAAGACUGUCACCCGAUGAGCCACAAAAUUCCAUUCUUCGGUAAAAGACUCCACCACACCUGCCCCUGCCUCCCUAACCUCGCCUGCAUCACCAUCGAAGAAGGACGAUCCAAAUGCCUGUCGCCGUACAAGUAUCCAGACUACUACCUCUGACGGCCUCCGUUAAUUACACCAUUUGCUACCUGCACUAUUUUAUCUGCCUUGAAAAGCCUGUUUCCAUUUUGGUUUAAUGGAAUCAUUUUAAUUAAAGAGGAAUAUUUAAUAACGUAUUGGUUCGGUUCAGGUUAAACUGAGCUUUCUCUUUGUAUUUCAUACUGUAUUAUGACUAUUAGAAGAAACCACAUCCUAUAGUUUUCUUGCCAUUUUGGAUAUUUACUUACAUUUGCAUAUUAAAUGCUUAUUUCUACAUGUCUGUUAUAAAAAGAUAUGAUUUUUUGUGUCUCAUAUUGAAUCAUU